AUGACUUUAAAAGAAGCUGUCCAAUUAGGCUCAGGCCGGCGACAAAGAGGUCGAGGGUUUCUUAAAGAUCUAGUCAAAAUGGGUCGUAAUCAAGCCUUGAUUGCCGGAGCUAAAAUAGGAGCAGAUGUGAUUAAAAAAAGGAAAAAUAUCAAAAAUGCUCUUUUAACUCAUGGACUCAAUGCCGUUAAAAAUACAGGCUUAUUUGCUCUCAAUAGAGGAGGAGCUAAACAUGCCUUGACUGCUGCUGCUAGAACGGGGUUAGAUGUGUUAGAAAAUAAGAGAUCUUUAAAAGACGCUGUCAAAACUCACGGAGUACAAGCCCUGAAACAAAGAUUGAAUCUAGUGUGUAAAUUUAACAAAGAUGAUGGUAGUAAUCUGACUGGAGCUGGCAGUACUUGCGCCCCGGUGAAUAAUAUCUUCCAUUCCUUGUUUACGGAAAUCGAUCUCAGUGUCAAUGGAAAAAUAGUGACUCCUGGAACCGAUACUUAUCCUUACAAAGUUUAUCUGGAGAAAUUACUUUCUUACAAACCCAGAACUUUAAUGACACAGAUGAGAGCUUGUAGUCUGUGGGAAAAAGAUACAGCAGGACACAUGGACGAAGAAGGGGUAGCAGACCUUGGAGUGGCUCAAAAUAAGACAUUUGAUGUAACCCCAGGUGAAAAUGGUGGUGCUGAUACUGUGACCAUUGAUAAACCUAUCAUCCCAGAGUUACCGGCCAAUUCUAAAAACGAAGGAUUUAGAAAACGUCACCAGGCUAUCAAAGAUAGAACUCAAUCUAAAAUCACGGAUCAUCUGUUUCAAGGCCAGAUGCCUAAACGCAUCAUUUUAGGUUUUGUGGACAAUGCGGCAUUUAACGGAGAUAAAACUAAAAAUCCGUUUCAUUUCCAAAACGUGGGAAUUAAGAAAUUAGAUUUCAGUAUCAACGGAGAGACCAUGAGUACUCGUUGUUUCGAACCUAAUUUCAAUGAAGAUUUAUAUCUGAGAUCUUAUCUGAGUUUAUAUCAAGCACUGGGAAAAUUAGGAGAAGAUUGGGCCCCGGACAUCACCAUAGAAGAGUAUAAAAACGGAUACACUUUCUGGGGCUGGGAUUUCACGAAAGAUCAAGAAGCGCAAUCGGAUAAAUUCCAUAUCAUAGAAACCGGAAAUCUGAGAGAAGUCCAAUUUACGAACAAUACGGUGAACACCUUAAAUUGUGUGGUAUAUGCAGAAUUCGAUAAUCUGUUAGAAAUUAACAAACAGAGAGAAGUCAGUAUUGAUUACUAA